UACCACCAGAUCCAUCGAUGGUGCUCAUCAGCUAUCACUACUCUCGAUCCGGUAUUAUCAACUACACAUAUAUUCUUCGUCUCAUCGACCCUACAACUACAACUACAUAUUCGAGUUCGACGAUUCUACAUCCAUCUCAAGAAGAAGAAGUCGAUCAUCCUAGCUAGCUAGCUAGAGCCUAGAUGGGGUCUCUCAUGGCCGGCUGGGAUUCGCCUGUUCUCGGCGAUGACACCAAAGCUCGUGUGAUGAGGAACCGGUCCCUGACAAAGGAGGAGGUGGAGGCCUUCUGGCGGCAGCGCGGGAAGCCGGCGCCGGACCAGGACGGCGGCGACCACGCCACCUCGCCUUUUGGCUCCCCUGGUCGACCUAUCGAGAAGAGCCCGCUGGGGAGCUCGCCUAAGAGCAGGUCACCAGCGUCAUCUCCGGUGGCUGGCGGCCCCGAGGACUGGUGGACGAGGAGCAACUCGGCCUUCCUCAACGAGCCGCCGCAGGAAGAGAGGCCGGGCAAGGCGCACACCUACACGCCGCAGUUCCACGUCGCCGCCGGCAACGCCUGACCGGACAUGUAUAUUGUACGCAAUACUAGUACCACGUCACGCUGCAGGAAUGCCCUACUGCCUGCAUCGCGUGGAUGUAUCAUGCGAGUCGUUUGCGCGUAAAUACACCCCUCCUUGUAACUUGAA